ACAUCGACGACAGCUCAGAGACCCACUAUAGAUUCGUUUGGUCCAGAGUCGUGAUUGGAUGAGGAAGCCUCAACCACCCCGUUCUGAUAAACUUCCCGUGUAGUUUCCUCAUCGUGUUGUAAAAAGUGAGGUUAGGCACAGACACUCGACCAUGGGUCUCUUCGGGAAAGAAAAAUCGCCAAAAGAUCAGGUCCGCGGAUGGAUGUCUAAGCUCCGCAAAGAAACCUAUCAGUUGGACAGGCAGAUGAAAAACAUCCAACGGGAAGAAGAGAAGAUAAAGCGGUCGCUCAAAGAAGCUGCGAAGAAGGGAGACAGAGACGUUUGCUUGAUUUAUGCCAAAGAAAUCGUUCGCUCGCGGAAAGCCGUCUCGCGCGUCUGCGCGUCCAAGGCACAGAUCAACUCCGUGAUGUUGGGCAUCAACCACCAGUUGGCCUCCCUCCGCGUGGCAGGCUCCAUUCAAAAAAGCACAGAAGUCAUGAAGUCCAUGCAAGCGCUCGUGAAAGUACCCGAAGUCGCUCAAACGAUGCAAGAGCUCUCGAGAGAGAUGAUGAAAGCCGGAGUGAUCGAAGAGAUGAUGGAAGACACAAUGGACGAGAUCUUGGACAACAACGAGGAGCUGGAGGAGCAAGCCCAAGAAGAGAUCGACAAAGUUCUGUUUGAAGUCACAGCGGGCGCCCUCGGGAACGCUCCAGCCGCAGUCCACGGCGAUCUCGAAGAGCCUGGUGCUUCGAAGAUCGACGACGAGAUGGAAUCAAUGCGGGAACGACUCCAAGCUCUCAAGAGUUGAGCGGUGCAGAAGCUUUAUGAUUGGGCUUGACUGUGAUGUGCAAUGAACUUACUAUCAUGAUGUGACCAUC